AUCAAAUUCGAGUCCAGAACCUGAAGAGAAUUUUGGAACAAAACAAAUCAAAAUUUGAGUACCUGAAUUUUAUUGAAGUCCCAUAUACGGUAAAGAAAACCGAGAAUGUACCGGUUUAUCUGCAGACCCGGUUGUUUUGUCCGGUUUGGUGAAAUUAGAGCAGAUCCUUUUAUCCAGAAACUGUGUGAGACUUGUGAAGAGAAGUAAAGACGCAAGAGUUGUUCUCUUCGUAUCGUUCAUGGAGACUAUUAUCAGGUGACUUUCUUUUUUAUAUCUCCUCAUCUAUGGCUUUGAUACGACCAUUUAAUUUCUCAUUCUCUUAUUGCUAAAGCUACAAUCUUUCUCAGCCUUUGGCCUCAGACACUAUCUUAUCUCUAGUGUUGAUAUAUAUAUGUUAGCCAUUUAGAAUGCAUCCGAGUUUUUUGGUUUCGCUCCCUGAUUUAUUAGAAUGCUUUUGGCCGGAGUAGAGUGGGUUUCUGUUGUGUAAACUGCCACCUGCUGCUAAAUUUGCUUGUUAGGUGAUGAUGCUUUUCAUGCCCGCCAGGCUGUUUUGAGAGCAAACGCUGUGAUAAAUAGGCUUUCUUCCUUGUUAGCAAGCACACACGAGUGACAUGGCGGCAUCUGCUUCAACCCGAUUCCUUGUUCUGCUCAAAGAGUUUUCUGCCUUCAGAAAGAUAUCUUGGAAUUCUGCUGCAACUAAUUUCUACCGCCAAUCUCGUUUUUUAUGCCAUGUUGCGAAAGAAGACGGGUCUCUUACUCUUGCAAGCCUUGAUUUGGGGAACAAACCUCGUAAAUUUGGGAAGAGUAAGGCGAUGAAGCUUGAGGGAAGUUUUGUUACUGAAAUGGGUCAAGGUAAGCUAAAAGCGGUAAGGAACGAUAAAAUGAAAGUAGUCAAGGAAAAGAAACCAGCUGAGAUUGUGUCGCCUUUGUUUUCUGCAAAAUCCUUUGAGGAGCUUGGCCUCCCAGAUUCAUUGUUAGACAGCUUGGAAAGAGAAGGUUUCUCUGUUCCAACAGAUGUCCAAUCCGCAGCUGUCCCGGCAAUAAUCAAAGGUCACGAUGCAGUGAUUCAGUCUUACACAGGAUCUGGCAAAACCUUAGCUUAUCUACUUCCUAUAUUAUCCGAAAUUGGUCCUCUAGCAGAAAAAUCUAGAAGCUCGCACAGUGAAAAUGAUAAGAGGACAGAUAUUCAGGCAAUGAUCGUAGCUCCAUCAAGAGAACUCGGUAUGCAAAUAGUAAGAGAGGUAGAGAAACUGCUCGGACCUGUUCACCGUAGAAUGGUUCAGCAGUUGGUUGGAGGUGCGAACCGAAUGAGGCAAGAAGAGGCCCUUAAGAAAAAUAAACCUGCAAUUGUUGUUGGCACUCCCGGGAGAAUUGCAGAGAUAAGCAAAAGUGGGAAAUUGCACACUCAUGGUUGUAGAUUCUUGGUGCUAGAUGAAGUCGAUGAGCUUUUAUCGUUUAAUUUCCGAGAAGAUAUCCAUCGAAUACUUGAACAUGUAGGAAAGAGAUCUGGGGCUGGUCCUAAAGGGGAAGUGGAUGAACGUGCUAACCGGCAGACAAUUCUAGUCUCUGCAACUGUGCCAUUCUCUGUUAUCCGAGCAGCUAAGAGCUGGAGUCACGAGCCCGUUCUUGUCCAAGCCAACAAAGUCACGCCUCUUGAUACCGUUCAACCAUCUGCACCAGUAAUAAGCUUUACUCCCACAACUUCUGAGGCUAAUGGCCAGAUUCAGACUACUAUUCAGAGCUUACCUCCAGCUUUAAAACACUAUUACUGCAUCUCAAAACAUCAACACAAAGUCGACACGUUAAGGAGAUGCGUUCACGCCCUCGACGCCCAAUCGGUUAUAGCUUUCAUGAAUCACUCAAGGCAGCUCAAAGACGUGGUCUACAAACUCGAAGCUCGUGGUAUGAAUUCAGCGGAGAUGCACGGAGAUCUCGGGAAGCUAGGGAGAUCAACAGUUCUAAAGAAGUUCAAGAACGGGGAAAUCAAGGUGCUCGUGACUAACGAGCUCUCUGCUCGGGGUCUUGAUGUUGCAGAAUGUGAUCUGGUGGUGAAUCUUGAGCUUCCAACUGAUGCGGUUCACUAUGCUCAUCGAGCUGGGAGAACAGGGAGGCUGGGAAGGAAAGGGACGGUGGUAACAGUGUGUGAGGAAUCACAAGUGUUCAUAGUGAAGAAGAUGGAGAAGCAGCUUGGUUUGCCUUUCUUGUAUUGUGAGUUUGUUGAUGGAGAGCUUGUUGUCACUGAGGAAGAUAAAGCUAUUAUAAGGUGAAGAUCUAAAGAUGUAAUUUUCAGAUACUAUUAUUACUAAUUUAAAUUCAGAGUUUUGUCCCUUUUUCAUAUAUAUCAUAAACAUAUUUGUACUAGACGAAGAACAACUUAAACCAGUGUUGUUGAAUUUGCUCUA